GAGAUGCUCGUGGGUACAGAACGUCGAGUUUAUUAGGAUAGGAUCAGGGAAGCGGAACGGAAGGAUCGAAGGAACAAAGCAGCACAGCGAAGCACGUGUCGUGUUUGUUCAGUUUGUUCCAAUCCAAGUCAGACAGCGUUGAUGCAAUGACAAUUGACCUUAAAAAAACUAUGAAGAAGACAAGUGUGUUUAAGAAACGAACGUCCAAAAAUAAAAUGAGAUCUGUCCCUUCUCUGAUAGCUAAAAACAAAAAAGUCCUUAACAAACUCAAACCUGAAGAUUCUGAAAAUGAGAGUGAUGAUUCGAGUGUAAGCUUGGAUGACAACAAUAGAGCAAAUGGAGCAGAAAAUGAAAGUGGUAGCGACGAGAGUUUUUAUGAUAGACCAGAUCAAGAGGAUGAAGAUGAUGCAGAUACCAAUCUUUUUGACGAUAAAGCGCAUAAGAAAUCACUUUCUAAACUGAAGGAGACAGAUCCUGAAUUUUACAAGUAUUUAGAAGCAAACGACAAAAAACUUCUUCAAUUUAAUGUGUCAGAUAGUGAAUCAGAAGCAGAGAAAAGUGAUAAUGAGGAUCAAGUCCAUCAACCUCCUGAAAAACUUGAGCUGGACAGUGAUGAGGAUGAUUUUGAGGAAGGCGAGGCUUGGACAGGCAGCUCUGGGCAACUGGUCACCCUGGCGAUGGUGUCAGAGUGGCAGCAUCAGAUACAGACUAAACCAUCUACAAAUGUAAUUACAGAAAUUGUAAAAGCAUUUCAAGCAGCUCUUACAACUGUAUCUGGAGAAGAAGACAGUAAAGAGGGUGAUUACCGAAUAGACGGAAGUUCAGUGUUCAACGCUGUUGUGCAACUGUGUGUGUUGGAACUGCAGCCUGCCAUCAACAAGGUAUUAGGGUUGAGCUCCCACAACCCCUCGGCCACCCAACUUGCCAAGAGUAAACGCUGGAAUAAGAUGAAGAACCUCAUCAAGACAUAUCUCACUGAUUUACUGAAGCUACUAGGAGCUGUAAGUUCUGCCAACAUUCUGACAGUGCUACUCAAGCACUUACAUCAGAUGACGGUGUUCCUAGGAUACUACCACUCACUUACCAAGAGUGUGCUCAAACAGCUGGUCAGUCUGUGGUCAACCAGUGAUGAAGAGACAGCUCGGGUCAUUGCGUUUCUGUGUAUUCUACGUCUCACCACUAAUCAGCAAAAGUCUCUUCUUGACUCAGUUCUCAAGAUGAUGUAUGUAGCAUACAUAAGUAACAGCAAGUUUAUGUCAUUGUCUACUCUACCAAAUGUCACAUUCAUGCGGCGAUCUCUAGCUGAAAUGUUCUGUCUGGAUAUGACCGUCUCUUAUCAACACGCUUUUCUGUACAUUAGGCAACUGGCUAUACACUUGAGGAAUGCCAUCACUGUACACAAGAAGGAGAGCAUCCAGGCAGUUUGCAACUGGCAAUAUGUCAACUCCCUCAGACUCUGGGUGGACCUGCUGUGUUCCACCAAUGACAAGAGUCCGUUACGAGCUCUGCUUUACCCUCUUGUUCAGGUGAUCACGGGUUGUAUCAAGCUGGUGCCAACACUACAGUACGUUCCUCUGAGGUUCCACUGCUGUCAGAUGUUGACGAGGCUAUCCAAAGACACUGAUACGUACAUCCCUGUGCUGCCCUUCAUUGUUGAGGCUCUAACACUGACAGAUUUCAAUAAGAAGAAUAAGAAAAUGUCAGUAAAACCAAUGGACUUUACUUGUGUGUUGCGAGUAUCAAAGGCAGGUUUGGGGGAAAAUGGAUUCCGUGAUGCUAUCAUUGAGCAAGUGUACCAACUGUUACUUGAAUACUGUGCUGGAGAAAGUCACAGAAUAAGCUUUCCUGACGUCAUUGUUCCAGCAGUCAUUCAGCUAAGAAGUUUUGUGAAAGAAUGCCGUGUGGGCAAGUACAGCCAAAAGCUUAGGCAAGUUUUAGCCAAGAUGGAAGAGAAUGGGAAGUUUGUUGAGACUGAGAGACGCAAAGUGACCCUGUCACUGGCUGAUAUUGCGGCUGUGCGGGCGUGGGAGAAUGGCGUGCGAGCUCGAGGAACACCUAUCGCUACCUUCUACAACAACUGGAACAAGGUCCAUCAGCGGCAACAUGCCAAACAAGUCACCAACAAUGACAAGCUUGGAGACUUUAAGCUGCCUCAAAUGAAGAGACCAGCAACAAAGAAGCCAGCAGAAUCAACACCCUCAGGGCCUGUGGAGCUGUUCCCAUCUGACUCUGACAGCGACAGCGACACUGAUAACUUCGGGACUGUUGAGGGAAAUACUGUUAAAGGUAAAAAGAAGACAAAGCGGCUGAAAAAGAACAAAAAACUGGUGUCCCAACCAACAAAUGAAGAGAAGAAUGAAGAAUCAGAUAGUGAUGAAAUGGAUGAUGUUGUUGAAGAACUUAGACUAUCAGAUCUUGAAUAAAUGUUUAUUGUAUCAUAAACACAUUUUUUAAAUGAAUUAAAUAUUAUAUUGAAUA